AAAGGUUGAUAAAUAUUGAAAGCUGGACUAGCCUAAACAACAGAGAGUACGAAAGGACAGCACAGGGUCGUCAGAAGUGGAGAAAAUGGCCGGUGAGAUGGUCAGGAAAACAAACCUACAUGGUCAGAUAGAAAAUUAAGUUGUAAUAAGUCAUAAAGAUUUGGCCUGCUUUUACUCGAAUGAUUUCCUUUUUGUUUUGCCUCUAUCUUGCCAUUAGCUAAAGCCUCGCUUUGCUUGUGGCAUUGCAGAAAUUUUCGGACAACCUGCUCAUUCACCUACCAGAAGUUCCGUGCAUGCUGGUCUUUGAUCUUACGGCCUAAGAUAUCAGAGUCUUGAUAUGUUGUAGAAAUACAAUUUUUGCAGGAAAAGUAUCAACAGGUAUCUUUCUUUGCAAGAAGCAAACUCAAAGGUAAUUUAGUCUUUGGAUACACAAGUUUAAAGGUACGAAAUGGAUUGCGAUGCCUCAUAGGACCAGAUAUAGGAGGCACUUUCUCUUGGUUUUGCUUAUUGCUGUACUAAUGUUGAUGUGUGCUUAUAAACAGAAAGGAGUCUUGUGGGAUUUCAACCAGGAUACAACGCUUCUGCAAGACUAUCAGCAUCCACUCACGCGUUACAUACCUGACCUACGAGAUGACUCUUUAAACGAGUCUAUAACUGAAAAGGGCCUUAAUGGAAAUACCAGAAAGGCAAAAAGUUGUGUGACCAAUCAUGAGGUCGUCGAGAGUUUGCGGGAAUUGGUAUUAGAUUUGAUUGAUAUUCGUGUUUCGGUUGAGGGUAAAGCAGCUGAGAAAAUCGAAGAAAAAUACGACAAAUUCCAGAGAAUGUUGCUUGAUAUUGAGACCAAACUAGACCUGGGAAAGCCUUAUAAAGCCGAGAGCAGGAAAAACAGUACGAUAUACUCUUGUCCUGAAGUACGUACAGGGCCUAAGUUUAACAGAAAGUUUGAAAGAAUCAAUUGCUCAAAAGUUCCUUUGCAUGAAUCUGUUACGGUAAUUAUUGACAAUGUGAAUUUGACUAGAAGGCAAACUGUUAAGUUGUUAAAAGAGAUAAGAAAAUUUGAUAAUAAACUUGAAGUAUUGACAAUGGAAAGUAAUGAUGAAAACUAUGCUAGGUCUACAAUGAUCAACAAGGUCAUGGAUGAAAUUGUUACGCCAUUUGUAUAUUUAGCUCGAGAUCUUUAUACAUGGAACUCACAUGCAGAUUUAGAGAGGCUUGUUGACUUCAUUUCGGUAAACGAAGAUGUUGUUGCUGUUGGCAACGCUUUAGUAAACAGUCGUAAUGGACACUGGUCACAUGGAUGUUAUCAAGCGAGGCUGAAAAACUACGAAUUCGCUUACAAGCGAGGCUAUCACGAAUCAAAGGGUUCCUGCAUAAAAUGCGAUAUUUUGGAAGGACCGUUUAUGACAAAACUAGAAUAUCUGAGAGAUCUUCCGUUCAAGGAAGGUCUUGUGAAUGGCUAUUACGAGGACUGGUAUUUGAAAAUAAACAAUUUGAAUGGUGGUGACAAACAUGAAAAAUAUAUUAGAAAGACAUUUAUUAACAAAGAUGUAAAGCAACGUAAGAAGGUCACAAGUAUCAUAGGGAAAAGCGUGUACAGUUGUCCUGACGUCAUGAGCACGGUUUCAAAAUCUGUAGAUUUUACUUUGAUCUCCAAAUACGUAGCUGACGAAUGGGAUAUAGAGAAAAUUGUUGACCCUAACGACAGAGUUGAAUGGUUAGACUGCAAAUGGAAAAAUGAUGAUGCCACUCCAGGGUGCUGGGUAGGCAGAGGUAUGGCGGUGCCUCCAUGUUGCUUAGAAACCCUUGCAGAAGGCAUAAAGUUCGUAUUAAGGACAUGUGAACUAAACAAGAUUUCUUGUGAGCUAACAGAGGGGACGCUUCUCGGGGCAGUGAAAUUGCAAAAGCUGCUUCCUUGGGAAAAGGACGCAGACAUUUUGUUUCUUUCUAGUCACUUUGAAAGGCUCAUUGCUUUGAAAGACGACUUCAAAAACAAGGGAUACUCAUUCUUAAUUAAAGAGUGGCCACGUCUUGGAUCAAACGAAUCCAAGAUUGGCGGGUCCAUACUUGUUAUAGCAGAUGGAUGGAAUAUAGAGAUGUAUGGAAGCCAGUCACUUGACUCGCAUCAAAAGAUCCUCCACGGGGAAAAGCCAACCAAAAUCGACUUUGCAGGGCAGAUGGCAAAUGUACCGGACAAUCCUGGAAAAGUUUCCAGAAACAGGUAUGGUAUUGAAAUAUACAAGCACUCGGAGCACUGGAUGAGCAAGAGAAUGAAUUCUGGAUACGAUGAAUAUGAACCUGGAGAGUUCAAUGAUUGUGUGAGACCAGGCCAUCAUGGAUGCCUAGACCAAUACGAGGCAGAUGGGUCUUUGCAAUUUCAAGAAAGUGGUACUUUUUAACUCGCCUCUAACGAUAGUUGCACGACGCAAUUCAGACGAAAAACAAAGGUCGAUUGAAAGGUGGAUAAGAAGGAGUGCAAGUGAAUGGAAUACACAGGUAACAUGUAGAGAUGUUUGAAAUAUAUUUGGAAGAUAUGAAUUCGGGUACCAUGAAAGUUAAAAGUCACAUGACAAAGUGGAGAAAAACGACAUCUGCUAGCUAAAAACAGAGGAUUAUUUCAGCUCGCCUUGCCCAGGUACUGCCAAGAAAAAUUAAUAAAAAUAAAAAACAGAGAAAUCUUACAACGGAGCAAUGACUAUCUCCUGUGUCUCACUGGUGGCUUUUAUUGCAGUUGCUGCAAGUUUGCUGACAAUCAACGGAGUCCUGUGUCGCAGUUGCUUUUUGAUGGGACAGGGUAACGAGAAUGCCCAUUUCCUUGUGAUGCCAUGAUAACGCUGCAAAGGGAGAUUAUGUGUUAAUCAAAGCUUCAGACAUGCAUAAAGAUUUACACACAUUAACAUGGAAUGAAAGAGAUUUCAACUCAUUGCAUUUUUAAAAAAUUACACAAACCAUAUGAAAAAAGGCAUAUAUAAAUACUUUUUUGAAAAUAAUGAAAUUUAGCAAUCGAGAUUGACUACUGAUCUUUUAUAUUAUUAAUAACUAGUUGCAGUAGCCAGUGGCGGGCAUUGAUCUUUUAUGUGGUGGGACAACAUCAGUGUAUUUUCUGAUUUUCUUGAUUGAGCAGUCCCUUCCCUUCCUAUACAAUAGACAUUAGCCUUUCGAGUUUAAUUUUUCGAGGCAUGCCGAAUUGGAAAGAGCAAUUGCCCCCCGAAUCUCCAUAAUUUCUGCCAAUUGAAUACGUAUUAUCUUACAGAAAGCUUACGUCAUGACGUCGGGUUGCUGUAGUUUCAGUUUCAAGAUUAAAACAAUUGGUUAUGGCUUGAUUCACAGACCUUGAAAGUAAAGAACCUGUCGGAGGUUUUGUUGAAAAAAUGGUUUCAAAUGGUAAACGAGAAAUCCAAUCUAACAUCAUUGUUCCACUUUACUUUUCUGCGACAACUGUACGCUACAAUACCUAACCUUCUGAAUGACAAAAUUCCCUGAUACUUUCAAUUUACAAAAUUGAUAAUCUUUUAGAUCGAUUCCACUCAUAUUCUCUCUAAAGUUUAUACAAACAGCCUACUACGACAUUCUAACCAAGACUUGGUGUUCGAGCUGUCAAAAUAUCCAAUCUCCUGUUAAAUGUUAUUGCCCCACAAAUUGUUCUCUUUAUUCCACUGGUUAUAGCAAGAGUUCAAAAUGAACAUCUGCAUAUAUGCUUCUACAAGUGAUAGCCUGCUUUAACGUAUAUAAGAUGUAUUUAUGUAUCCAGUGUAAAAUUUGAUAUAAUUUGCUUACAGUGUUAAUAUCA